GAUCCGAUACAACGUAGUUGGCAGUCUGCGAAAGUGUGAAGCUCAGUUGUUGACGAACCGUCGAAGUAAAAGGUACAGGUAUCGCCAUCUGAUGAUCGUACGGGACGAGCAUUCGCAAAACGGCCGAGACAAGACGUAGGAAAAGAGGAAUCGAUCCGGUGCUUGGAUUGUAUGCGCGAGCGCGUAUCUAACUGUAAAGACUAUUCUCGAGGAAGCAGAAAAACAAUUAGGGCGGUUACCGUUUUCGGCUCUUAUUUUCGUCUGUUUCGCUGCAACAUGAGACAAGCCGUCAGCCAACAAAUUUUGUGAGAAUCGCGAGUGAGAGACAAGGGAUACUCGUCCGACGUGUUCGUUGUGCUUCUGAACAUAGGGACACUCAUAACGUUAAUUGCUGGCCGGAAAACCCUACAAGAGACAGUGUCGUGUUCAUGAGUCGGAUUUUCUAUAUUAUGUAUCAGAGGAUGUGUAAAGAGACGAAUAUCAUGUUCGGUUUCGUACGGGAAGGAAAACUGGCGUGCUUAAAGGAAUUACUGAAACAUCGAGAAAAAGAUGAAGUAGUAAAAUUGGUCGGAUCUACGAGCCAUGGCACGACACCGCUAGUUAUAGCUUGUCGAAACGGACACUACGACGUGGCCGAAUACCUCAUAGAAAAAUGUGGAGCAAAUGUCAAUCAAACUGGUUUAGUGAUGUUCGGUGGUGAAAUGAUCGAAUGCGCUCCACCUUUGUGGUGCGCAGCAGCCGCCGGUUACUUGGAAUUGGUGAAACUGUUAGUGAAAAACGGUGCCGAAAUAAAUGCGACCACUAAAACACAUUCCACGCCGUUACGAGCAGCUUGUUUUGACGGCUACUUCGAUAUCGUCAGAUUUUUGGUAGCUCACGGAGCAGAUAUUGAGCUGACGAACCGUGAGGGACACACAUGUCUAAUGAUAGCAUGUUACAGAGGUCACAUUCAGAUCGUCAAGUUCCUACUUGCCUUGAGAGCAAACGUUAACCGAAAGUCCAUAAAGGGCAUCACGGCACUACACGACUGCGCUGAAAGUGGAUAUCUAGAUGUGGUGAAGGCGCUCAUCGAGCACGGUGCUCGGAUGGACGUGGACUCCUACGGGAUGUCGCCGCUCCUCACGGCAGCAGUAACAGGCCAUAAACACAUCGUCGAGUAUUUCAACAGUGUGCCGAAUUUAGUCACUCGGAAGGAACGCAUUGAUGCUUUAGAACUACUGGGCGCUACGUACGUGGAUAAAAAAAGAGAUAUGAUGGGCGCGCUUGAGUGUUGGAGACAAGCCAUGGACGAGAGAUAUCAGAACGAUCCAGUAAUGCCCAAAUCGCAAACAUCAUCCACGGUCGUCGCUGCCUAUGACUUCGCACGAGAAAUCACCGAACCCGAAGCACUGGACAGUUUAUUAAACGACCCGAAUGAAAUGCGAAUGCAAGCGCUCGUGAUCAGAGAACGAAUAUUGGGACCAGCUCAUCCCGACACUAGUUAUUAUAUCCGGUACAGGGGUGCUGUGUACGCGGACGGUGGAAUGUUCAAUCGUUGCAUCGAACUUUGGAAUUACGCAUUGGACAUACAGCAGUCCAUGCUUGGUCCGCUCGAUCCAAUAACUCAAAGUACAUUCUACAGUUUCACCGAAUUAUUUAAUCUCCUAAUAGUCAGACAAAUAAAUACGGCGCGAAGAAUGUUACCGUUUUACAAAGAAGAACUGCUUCGAGUAUUUAAGAAAGCAGUAUUGGAAGUAAAAUUAGGAAAACAAAUAUUGGAGAAAACACAGUUCCGUGAUUUGAAUAAAAUUCUCGUGACCACUUUGCACCUAGCGAGUUUAUUAACACACGAGAUGCCAGAGGAAGGUACCGUGGAGUAUGAUGCACUGCACCAAGCGCUUUACGAAUUUGUCAAAAUCAAUGCCAAAGGCAAUAUCGAUCGAGAUGUGCUACAAUUGGCUUUCAGCGACAGGAAUACUAUGAUCGGUGAUGGCCCGAAAUCUUCGUCUACUUGCAACUUCCCAUCGCCGAAUUUAAUAAAGGCUUUAAUAAAAGUUGGCGCUGACGUGAACGCACGAGACAGUCACGGAUGUACGGUGUUACACCUCGCGGCUACAUUCUACUGGUCGCCAAAUCUCAUUUCCAUUCUCCUCGACGCUGGUGCUCACAUCGACACUGUCGAUAAAUCCGGCUCCACGCUGGAGACGUUAUUACUGAAUAAGUCCACGUACGACUCGGUGUAUCCUGUGAGAUACACGACGCUCACUUGCUUAGCAGCUAGGGUAGUAAAGAAAAUUUAUAACAUUGAAGACGUACCGAAGCAUCUUCAAUCAUUCGUUCAAUUGCAUUAGAUUGUCAAUGUUUAAUUUAGUUUUAAUUAUAUUUUCGACGCUAUAAAGAAAUAAAAACAAUUCUCUGAUAAGCAUUUUGAUAUAAAGUGGAACAAAGUAAUAAAAAAUACUUUAUUUAUUUUAUAUUGCAAAAAGUAAAGAAAAGUGAAGUUCUUGAUUAUAAAAUUUUUGUUUUCAAUACAAGUAUAUGCGUUUUGCUGUUUUUCAUUGAAAUAUCCUUCAGGUGUAUUACUUAAAGACACUACUUACUCGUAAGUUUCGAGAUUACGUUCAUAAUUAUAUACAUUAUCCUAUAAUCUUUAAAUUUAUUUAAAAUGUGAUAAAUAUACAUAGAUUACAAAUAAUUACAUGUACAUACUUAAGGAUUAUACGUAUAGGCGUGGUGUUCUAGUAAGGUGCUUUUUUUGACGAAUGGACGAACGCCGCACUUUACACUUCAGGUAGCACAAUUAUACUCCAUGAUAGCGUUUAUAGUUUCAUUGCAAUCUUGACAUAACUUAAGAAUUUUGUAUGUUACGAACCCGUUUACGUUUGCAAUAUAAUUUAACGUUUACUCACAUACACACUUUCGCCAUUUUUACACAAACACUACGACGGUAAUUCGCAACAAAAAAGGUAUCUUACAUGCGAAGUCACCAGAAUAAACUGUUUUAUAAUGUGAAGACUGUGGAAAUACAGGUGUGAUAAUUAAUAUAA